AUGUCAAAAAAAAAAAAAAAAAAAAAAAAAAAAAAAAAAAAAAAAAGCUUCAAAACUAAAAAAAAAAAGGAAAACGGAAAUCAAAAAAAUUUAAAUAAAUUGUUAACACCUUUUUUUUUUUUUUAUAUUUUAUUAUUUUAUUUAAUUUUUAAAUCAAAAAAAUAA